AUGUCGUCCUUUGCGCCGGUGAACCCGAAGCCUUUCCUCCAACAAUUGACGGGCAAGCAGGUCAUCGUCAAGCUCAAGUGGGGUGGCUUGUCGUACAAGGGCUUCCUCGUCAGCACGGACAACUACAUGAACUUCCAGCUCGCAAACACAGAAGAGAUUAGGGAAGAUGGCGGGUCAAAUGGGAGCUUGGGAGAGGUCAUGAUUCGCUGCAACAAUGUCCUCUACCUCCGGGAGCUGACCGAGGGCCAGGCUAUGGAGUCAUAG